CUUUGAAAAUGCAACAUUCUCUUUUUCACUGUUGAGUGACAACCAAGCCCGGAUGACGUGACACGUGGGCGGCUGGAGGUUCGGAUUCUUCGACCUCAUCACCCACCCUCCCCCGUCUCCAGCUCACCUGUGCUGCCGCCUCCUGGACAGCCGCGCAUCGUCGUGUGCAAAGCGAGCUUGUGGCAGGCUGGUUGCUCCCUUCUCGGAAGUGCACGGCCACUCGGCUCGGCGCUCUCAAAGCGGCACAAGCGCGCACGAGGAGCUUGGGGGGGGGGAGGGUGCCCAAAUGGCGAGCACCGCGCCGCUGCUGCUUCUGCUGCUCUUCCGCGCGCUCCUCGCGGGGCUCGCGCCGACCACCGCCGGCGCCACCGACGAGGGAACGCCCGGCGGAAACGGACACGCCGCGGGGGCUCCGUGCGAGCUCAAGAGCGUCACCGUCUCCACGCUCCCCGUGCUCCGGGAGAACGAGUUCAGCUUUACCGGCGUGGGAGCCUCCGGGAGCUCGGUCGGAGGAGGAGGAGGUGGAGGGGGCGCCUCCGCCGGAGCAGGGGGGACCGCUGGAGGAGGACCGGGCGGAGGUGGUGGGGAAUCGCGGCUCCUCUUAUUCGUCAGGACGGAUCUACCUGGCCGGAUUUCCGUAAUGGAUGAUCUCGACAAUACGGCUCUGCCUUACUUCGCACUCGAGAUGUCCGGGAGGGGGGAAGACAUCUCCCAGGUGCACUGGAAGCAGCAGUGGCUGGAGAACGGGACGCUUUACUUCCACGUGUCCAUGACGGAGUCGGAGGCGGUGGCCCAGACCACGCAGGCCUCCGCGCGGGAGCCGGUGCACAUCACGCACGAACACAUGCAUCUGCUGCACAUCUCGGUUAUGGGAGGCCUGAUUGCCCUGCUCCUGCUUAUUCUCCUCUUCACCCUGGUCCUGUACACCCGCCACCGAUGGUGCAAGCGUCGCAGGAUCCCCCAGAAGAGCGCCAGCACGGAGGCCACCCACGAGAUUCACUACAUCCCCUCGGUACUGCUCGGCCCCCAGGGCCGCGACAGCUACCGAGGCUCGCGGAGCGCGCACCAGCACGGCAGCUCCGUCAUCGGCGUGCCCAUCCGAGAGACGCCCAUCCUCGACGAUUACGACGGCGACGAGGACGACCCGGCGGUACGCUCGCUGAACUCCACCCCCAAUCAGCUGCACGACAAAGUGAGCGACGGGUUGAUCCAGGAGGACUACGGCGUUGGCAUCGGCUACGGAGGGCACACGGACAUCAAGGAGGAUGACCUGACGCAUUCUUUCGACAAGCGAGCCAUUGACCCGAACAGAGACGCCGUGGAAGAUUUGAUGCAGCGGUUCCAGGACAGCUUCCGCGUUCCCAAAACCCCGCCAGACAUUUCUCGCUACCAGCACGUCAUCCACAGCUCGUCGACCAGCCGCCGGAGGGUCCCCAGCCACACCAGAGCAACCGCAGGCAUGUUUGGUCCUCAAGGAGAAUCCGGGUCAGAGCCGGAGGACGACAACCAGACAAAGUUUUUCACCGAGCAGCACAGAGGACGACGGCGCAGCAAAGGCCACCCACACAGCCCUCUAAACAAGGUCACCUUGACGCUGAUUACCAUCAGCACUUGUGUCGUGGCCAUUGUCUACGCCACGCAGGAUUCCUGCCCGCUCACUGUCAAGGUCACGCUCCAUGUGCCCGAGCACUUUGUCGCAGAUGGAAGUAGUUUUGUGGUGGGUAUGGGCAGCUUCCUGGAUGUCUCCAACUGGCUCAACCCAGCCAAGCUCAUCCUGUACUACCAAACCAAUUCGUCGACGCAGUGGGUGCGAGACUACUGCGGACAGAGGACGACCGACCCCUGCGAGCAGAUUUGCGACCGGGACACAGGAGAAUGCAGCUGUCACGACGGCUAUUCCCCGGAUCUUGUCCAUAAACACCUCUGCGUUCGCAGUGACUGGGGUCAGAAUGAAGGGCCUUGGCCGUACGCUAACCUUGAGAAAGGUUACGACCUGGUUACGGGCGAACAAGCCCCGGAGAGAAUCUUCAGAUCACUCUAUAGUCUGGGCCAAGGCUUGUGGCUGCCUGUCAGCAAGAGCUUCGUGGUGCCGCCGGUGGAGCUGUCCAUCAAUCCCAUCGCCAGCUGUAAGACAGACGUGCUGGUGAGCGAAGAUCCCGGAGAGGUCAGGGACGAAGCCAUGAUGUCCACAUAUUUCGAGACCGUCGAGGACUUGCUGGCAUCUUUCGGGCCCGUCCGUGACUGCUCCAAAGACAACGGCGGCUGCAAGAAGAAUUUCAAGUGCGUGUCAGACCGACAGUUGGAUUCAUCUGGCUGCAUGUGUCCUAAUGGGCUGAGGCCAAUGAAGGACGGCUCCGGUUGCUAUGACUACUCAAGGGGCAUCGACUGCACGGACGGCUUUAACGGAGGCUGCGAGCAGCUGUGUCACCAGCAACUCGUGCCCCUCGAAGACCAGCCCGGCUCCAGCAACGUGCUCAUGUACUGCGGGUGUGUGCAGGAGUACAAACUGGCGGCAGAUGGGCGCUCGUGCUCGCUGCAGUCCGAAAACUGUGAGGGUCCCAAAUGUCCGCGGCAGGCCAUCCACUUCAACGUGACCUUGUUCGGCGAAAUGCUGCAUGGAUACGACAACAAAAGCCAACAGGUCAACCUGGGACGGAUCUUUCAGAUGACUUUCCGAGAUAACAACUUUGUGAAGGACUUCCCCCAGCUAGCCGAUGGCCUCAUGGUUCUCCCCCUGCCAGUGGAGGAACAAUGCAGAGGCGUGUUGUCCGAACCGCUGCCAAACUUGGAUCUCCUCACAGGCGAUGCCAAGUUCAACGAGGCCGCAGGCUACCCGAUGGUUCAGCAGUGGCGAGUGCGCAGCAAUCUGUACAAAGUCAAGCUCAGUUCCAUCACUCUGGCUUCAGGUUUCGCCAAGGUUCUCAAGACGCUGUCAGGCGAGAGCACACGCGAGGAGUUGCUGGCAUUCCUCGGGCAAUACGGCAGCCACUACGUGUCAGAGGCGCUGUACGGCUCCGAGCUCAGCUGCAGCAUCUACUUCCCCAGCAAGAAGGCGCAGCAGCAGCUCUGGCUCCAGUACCAGAAAGAGGCAACAGAGCAAGGGCUCGGUGGCGGCAGCGGGCGUCAUGAGCUGAAAUCGGUGCCCUUUAUUAGCUACCUGGCAGCGUUGCAGAAGAGCCAGCUGCUGUCCGACGACGCGGUCAGUGGUGUGGACAUCCGUUGCGAGGAAAAGGGCAGCUGCCCACUCAGCUGUCACCUGUGCCACCACCAGGCCGGGGCGGCAGGAGGCAUGGUGGCGAGGGGCCGUGGCAGGGGCGGCGAGCCGCCCUCGCCCAUCCCCGUCCUGUUGGACGUCAGCCGCGUGGUGCCUCUCUACAGCCUGGUCCAGGACAACGUCACCAAAGAGGCCUUCAAGAGCGCCACAAUGAGCUCAUACUGGUGUGCCGGAAAGGGCGACGUCAUCGAUAACUGGUGUCGCUGUGACCUGAGUGCCUUCAGCGGAGACGGCCUGCCGAACUGCAGUCCCCUCAGACAGCCGGUCUUGCGCCUAGCUCCUUACCUGGAGCCGUCGAGCACAAUGGUAGCCCUGGAGUGGUUGGACGUAGAGCCCGUGAUUGGCUGCAAAGUUUCAGACUACAUCAUCCAGCACAAACGGGUGGAAGACCCCUCCGAGGCCGAGAUCUACACAGGCGAAGUGCUGAGCUUGUUGGAUGAUCUCUUCUCGGGUUUGGGAUCACCCUGCGUUGUGCCCGGUAAGAGGAGUGGCGAACAUCCCCACGUGCUGCUUUAUUCCGUGGUUUUCAAGUGCCUGGAGCCUGACAGUCUCUACAAGUUCACUCUCUAUGCAGUGGACAGUCGGGGUAGUCACUCCGACUCGAGCUACGUCUCUGUACGGACGUCCUGCCCGAUGGUCGACGAUAGCCGAGCUGAAGAGAUCGCAGACAAGGUGUACAACUUGUACAACGGCUACACGAGUGGCAAGGAACAGCAGCUGGCGUACAACACCUUGAUGGAAAUCCCUCCUCCGCUGCUUUACCGUGUCCAGCACCACUACAAUUCCCUCUAUGAGAAGUUUGGCGACUUUGUGUGGCGCAGCGAGGACGAGCUGGGCCCCAGAAAGGCCAACCUGAUCCUCCGACGGGUGGACAAGAUCAGCCCAUAUUGUCGUUCCCUCCUGCGUAGCACGCACAUCCAGAGCCGCGCUGACACCAUGGCGUACAUUUACUGCCGCAGCGACGACGGCCGGCUGCCCGGCGGCGGCGGCGGCGACGCACGGAGCGGCUCGUUGCACGAAGGCCGCACGGCCUGCAUGGAGAAGCUCAUUUCUGUCCAGCGCAAUACGUACAGCAACACCAAGCUCCGGUGAGACACGAGAACGGGGGGGGACGCGCUUGCGUUUUGUGAUGUCACUGACUGAUGCAUCAGCUGACGUCACCCAGGAGCAGGUGUCUCUGCGUAGAAAUCCGCUGGAUGAAAAACAACAAUUGUGCGCGAGGCUUACUUUCGGCGUAAGACACACAAACGUCACGUUGGACAGCAAAGGAGGCGAAAGAGUGACGCAAGCAUGUAGAUAUGUGAUGGUGGAUGGUAGAAGAGAAGCCAAUCCAACAGUUGUCUCUUUCAUUACGUUGAAUGUAGUCGCUUUGUUCAUGCUUUUACGUGACGCACUUAAAAAAGUACAAAUCGAAAGAUCAGUUUGCCUUUUUUUUCCCACUACAGUUUACAAAGGAGAAAUGUUGAAGGCAUUUGCAUUGCGAAUUGCUUUUACAUUUUCAAAAUCCAGAAAAAAAUAAUUGCCAAUUCUUUAAAAAAAAUAAAUAUGAAGAAGACUUUAUGUCCGUGACUGUCCAAACUCGGCAAUGCUAUAGAUUUGGCAGGUGAACGAAUGAGUGAAAAUCCAGAGUAGACAAAAAUGCUAACUUGAAGGCCUGACAAUGUAUUUGCUGUUGUUGUUGUUGUUGUUGAAGUAAACUAAUGCGACAGUUUGACAAAAAUAUAAAUAAAUAAUGACACCAAAAAAUAAAUAAUGACGCCAACAAUACAAAUGUAUGCAUUGCCAAAUUGUACUUGUUCCUUCUUAUUUUAUAAAAAAAAUUUUUAAACAUUUAUUUAAUAACAAAAAUGACGCCUUGUUGUUGUUGUUGUUGUUGUUUGACUACCAAAGUAGUGGCAUUUACUUUUAUUUUGAAAAACGUCAAGAGAGUUCAGUAAGAUUCCAUACAAAAACAAUGCAUUGCAAAUUUGACUUUUUAAAACAUUAUUUUACUGGUUUGUUGGUUAUUUUUUCCUCAGUGAUUCUUUUGAAAAUAAUCGAACCCCAUCACAAGAGCUCGAAUUGCUUUUAAUGUACCGUGUAGUGUAUGGUUUUUUUUUUUUUUUUUGUCUCUUGUGGCAGGAAAAUAGCCUGGUGAUGAACAUGUUUUUUAUUUUAUUUUUUUUACGAUUUCCUACGGAAGAGCACAUUACACAAUUCAACCACGCAAAAUACAGAAAUAGAU